GCAAGUGAUGCUCUCUAUGUCUCCUACAAAGUCGAGCCAUGAUUGGGACUACCAGAAAAAGACUUUUCAUUAGACAGCUUAGCUAUAUACAUCCGUCUGCAAUUGCAUGCGGCAUGCCUGGAACUUGGAAGUCUCGGCACCCCAUUUCCUGCCGCUUCGUUAGGUCAACCCUUCCCCUCGAGCACAUGGUAUUCUUGAUUCCCCUCCAGUUCAGCAAGACCAGUAAAACACAAUCAAGCCACACCCUGAGACCAUAAGUCGAGGACGGGCGAAAAGAAAAAAGCCGAGGGGAUGUCGAGGGGGCGAACAUAGGGUAUCUACGAAAGUGGAAAGAGCAAAGGGAGGAAAACACGACCGGUC